UUAAUCACUCAAGAAUUUUACAACUUGAGGAAAAAUAAGCUUAAAAGCUUUAGUAACAUAUGGAGGCUAUUGGUACUUGAAUUAUGUUUAAACAACCAAGAUGCUAAAAACGAAUGUGUUCUGGACUCUAAAAAGAAAUGAAGGCUCUGACUGAUACUUACUCAUAACAAUACAAUGAGCAGUGAGCGGUGAUUGGCUGAAUAUUUACCAGAUACUCUUGUUUGUGAACUGAAACUUCAGUAACACAAGUUGCACUUUGAAGAUGCACACGCACAAGUGCUGUUUAAUCUUGCUCUUCAUUUGUGUGGAAGGUGUGUUUGGUGCUGCUCCAGAUGUAAUGAAGUCGGUGACUGAGGGAGAUUCUGUCACUCUAAACACUGAUGUUACUGAACUACAGAGAGAUGAUCAGAUACUGUGGAUGUUUGGACCUAAAGAGACUCGUAUAGCUGAAAUCUAUAAGCUUGUGAUUGAUAUGUUUAACAGUCAUGAGAUAUUUGGAGACAGACUGAAGCUGGACAAUCAGACUGGAUCUCUGACCAUCAGAAACACCAGAAGCACAGACUCUGGGCUUUAUAAACGACAGAUCCGCAGCAACAGAGGGAACUCAGACAAGAUAUUCAGUGUUACUGUCUAUGCUCAUCUUCCUGUUCCUGUCAUCAACACUGCAAACUGUGCAUCAUCUGAAAGAUCCUCAGUGCCCAGAUGUUCAUUGGUGUGUUCAGCUGUGAAUGUGGGUCAUGUGACUCUCUCCUGGUACAAAGGAAACAGUUUAUUGUCCAGCAUCAGUGUGUCUGAUCUCAGCAUCAGUCUCUCUCUACCUCUGGAGGUGGAAUAUCAGGAUAAAAACAGCUACAGCUGUGUGCUCAACAAUCCCAUCAGCAACCAGACUCAACAUCUCGACAUCACUCAGCUCUGUAAAUGUCCAGGUAGCCUACUUCAGUGA